CCGAAACAGCAGCCAGGCUGCCUAUAAAUAAGGCAGCUGCCGCCGGUCUCCACUUCACAGUCGCUAGGACUAGGGCAGAGCCAGUGGGAGAACCGGCUCGUGGGAUCUAAGCGCUGAGCCACCCCGUGUGGAUACGGAUACAGGCUGUGAGAAGCGACAUGACUCUGGAGGAGAUUCACGGACAGGAGCCAGUGCCCGAGAGCAGCGACAGGAUGCAGGGCGCCGGCAAAGCCCUCCACGAGCUGCUGGUGUCGGCGCAGCGGCGCGGCGGCCUGACCGCCGGGGUCUACGAGUCGGCCAAGCUGAUGAACGUCGAUCCCGACAAGGUGGCGUUCUGCGUGCUGGCCGCGGCCGAGGAGGACGAGGGGGACAUCGCCCUGCAGAUCCACUUCACCCUCAUCCAGGCCUUCUGCUGCGACAACGACAUCGACAUCGUCCGCCUGCACGACAUCCCCAAGCUGGCCGACAUCGUGGGGCCCAGCGAGGAGUCGGGGGAGCCCCGCGACCUGCACUGCAUCCUCAUCACGAAUCCCAAUGAGGAUGCUUGGAAGGACCCAUCUCUGGAAAAGUUGAAUCUCUUUUGUGAGGAAAGCCGAAAUGUCAAUGAUUGGGUGCCCACUAUCACCCUGCCUGAGUGAUGAAGGUUCAGUGCACUGGAGAGGUUGAAACCUUUGUUGCAUUCUCAUCAUGGUGUUGCACACCUGGGUGAACCAACAAGUUGCUGAUUCUGUGGAUUAGCCUGGUCAAGAGAUCGGAUUAAGUCGCUCAGACUGGCAAGCAGUGGGCUCUUGUGGAGAAGGAAGAAGUGAGGGAGAAAGGGGAUGUCUCAUGCCAGCAGUGAGUCCCCACUAUGCUGCAGCAGUGGAAUGGCUGGCAUGCCAUGGAGCUGAAUGAGUAUUGCAAGUUUACAGGAGCUGAAGAAAUAUUGCAAGUUUUCAGGUCAAGUGGAACUUUAAGAAGGCAGGACAGAAGGUUGUGGGACUGGACAAAAAUUACUUGGAAAGACUGGACAAAAUAUUGUAACUAUGAACUGUUGGCACUGUCUACAAAACUUUAAGAAGAAAACAUUUUGGUGGCUUAUUAGAGACUUAUUACUGUGACAUUUAUACAAAGACUUUUCUACAAAGACUUACACAGACCGAUUUUUAUCAGAGGCCUGUGGGCUGCUUUGCAAAACUGGUUUACUAAUGCAAUAAUUUUUAUUUAUGCUGCUAUUAAAGUUCUAAUGUUUAUAAUAAACUUUUUUGAUAAAUAA